AUGCUUAGGGAGCUUCCACCACAGCAGGCUACAUCGCUCCCCCGCCCUGGCCAGGAACAGCUGCCAGGCAAACAGCAUAUGGAACGCACUGCCGACUAUUCAGGUUUGCCAUCGCCUUAUCCUAGUACCGUCGGCGACGCCCAAUCUGAGGCCUCUUCUGUAGAUCCUGCUACGGUUGCAUCAACAACAUAUUCUCAGCAGCCAGAAGUGAGGUCAGCAACCGCGUACCCGGCAGCAGGCACGCCAACUUCUUCAGAGUACAGCGUGUAUCCUCCUCACUCGGCCCGGUCUGCCAACGGCACUUUUCCGGACACCCAUCUCCAGCGUUCCUACCACCCGGCCAGCAACCACCAAGGCAGCAGUGGAGGUAUGGCGCAAACACCAACCAAUCCAUCAAUCGCCGCAGCAAGCCCGACGACGUAUUCUCAUCCGCAAUAUUCGCCCUACGCCGCUCCCCAUCAAGACAUGUCCCACCAAUACGCCCACUCGGGUGUUUACCAGACAAGUCGACCAGAUUGGGCCACCUAUCAGUCCCCUGGCGGGGUUAUGGCCGGAGGCCACCACGCUGUCUUCGCCCCAUCAGCAUCGGCAGCUGCUCAACCACGACCUAAUCAGGUGUACUCAUUCGUGCCAAUUCCGGGCGCGCAACAACAUAAGCGCCCUCGGAGAAGAUAUGAAGAAAUCGAGCGCAUGUAUAAGUGCGGGUGGAAUGGGUGCGAAAAGGCCUAUGGGACACUCAACCAUCUCAAUGCGCAUGUCACCAUGCAGGGUCAUGGAAACAAGAGGACUCCUGAAGAUUCAAGGAAAUACGUAAAGAGUGGAAGGCGCGCAAGAAGGAGGAGGAAGCUCAAAGGAAGGCGGAAGAAGAGCGCCAACGCCAGGCUGCCGCCUCCGCCGCUGCUGCGCAAGGCACGGCGGAUUCCUCCGUCGCCGACGGUGCCCAACCAGCCACCACAUAUUCGGGUUCGAGGGCCGUUCAGCUCCCGCCGAUUGGCUACGGUCCUGCUCAGUACCCUGCCCCUCCUUCGGCGGGCAUGCAGCAGCCCCUUUCCGAGUACCAGAGCGCUGCUCACGUCUACCCCAGCUACUCGCCCCCUACGUACGGUCAAACAUCUCAGCCAAUGUAUAACCAGCACAACGGCGGCCAAAACAACCACUAGAGGGAGGAGGCUUUGCGAUGGAGUGGAGCAGGUUAUGACGAUGGCACAAUGCCACCAUGGAGCUGAAUGCUCGAGAUACUCAUGGCGUCAUGUCUACACUUCGUGCCGUAGAGCCGGUCGAAAGGAAGCGCCGAUAUGGCUUUACUUUGAUUUUUGUGGAGCGUUCACACAAGCUGCCGAUAAUUUUCGAGGUCGGCUGACGAGGAUAGGGGGGCUAGGUUGGUAUCGACAGGUUUGGUCGGAGCGGAGCAUUUACAAAGUCAUGGCUGUCUCGGAGCAUUGGGUUGAAGGUGUUUGUUGUGGUUCUUGUGUUGUUGUUUUUGGCAACCUUCCCGCGCUAAUGUUAUCUUACCAAAACUGUAUACUUUCUGGGAGGGUUGCGAGACCUCUUUUUCAUUUUUCGGUUGUGGAGGAAAUACCCCGGGGAUGGAGAAUGCUUGGUUGGCGGAUGUGUGGAGUUGUCUGUGUCUUGAUUGAAUUCUCGCUUAUUGUUUAUGUCUACAUAUCUAUUCUUCUCUUUCCUGCACAUCAAAUCAAAUUGAGAGCGGGGGGUGUUUUGCGAGUUUGUUUUGCAAGGCUUUGA